AUGCAGAUCAAAAGAGCUGAAGCUAAACAAGAAGAAAUUCAAGCACCGGUACUGUACAAGCUUGAUGUAACCCACUUUGGUCACGUUAUCAGUAAAGAUAGAAUUUCGACAUGCCUAAGCCUGUUGAUGUGCAACAGACUUGGUGCAUACUGUAGUCAACAACCAGUCCAAGUUCAUUCCACAGCCAAGCACCAUCGCAAACCUCUACGAC